AAAAUACGCAAAUAACCAAUGUAGUACCCAUAUAUCAUGCAUCCCAACAAAUAAAAUGUACUUGAUACGUGUGUUCAUUUUAGCGUUAAUCUUUGAUGGCAGCACCAAUCCAGCCCACCCCAAACACAUUGGCAGUAUCGACCCAAACUGUGACGUUGUGGAGGUUGUAAAAGAUGCCUAUGAGAGUGCCAAGAUGCUGUGUGAUCAGUACUACUUGACCUCUCCCGAAGUGGAAAUCAAACAAGUGAACUUUGAAGGACCCAGUGACCCUAUACAUAUAGUUUAUGUGCCUUCUCAUCUGUACCACAUGCUCUUUGAGCUCUUCAAGAAUGCAAUGAGAGCAACUGUGGAAACCCAUGAGACCAGCCUACAUCUCCCACCAAUCAAAGUGAGAGUUUCUCUAGGAAGAGAAGAUCUGACCAUCAAGAUGUCUGACAGAGGUGGUGGGGUUCCUUUGAGGAAAAUCGAAAGGCUUUUCAGCUACAUGUAUUCAACUGCACCGAGUCCUGUGGCUGAAAACACCCGUAAUGCUCCCCUGGCUGGUUUUGGCUAUGGUCUUCCUAUUUCCCGCCUUUAUGCCAAGUACUUCCAGGGAGAUCUGCAGCUCUACUCUAUGGAGGGAUACGGCACAUCGGCAGUCAUAUACCUAAAGGCCUUAUCCACUGAAUCAAUAGAAAGACUUCCUGUCUUUAACAAGUCAGCCUUAAGGCAUUAUCAGACGAGCACAGAAGCGGAUGACUGGUGCAUCCCAAGCAGCGAGCCCAAAAAACUGGGAAAGUACGGGUACAGUGUUUGAGAGGAAGGAGAAGCUCAUACGAUAAACACAAGGACUGAACAGGGCUGUGAACUAUAGUGGAGUUAAUUUGGGUAACCAUGUAUGUGACUGUUGAGGUAUUUCAGAAGCAUGGUAUUAUCAAAUGGUUGAUAAUUGACUUCAUGAAUGUUACAGUCUGACUAACAAGGGAAUGUUUGUCUUCCACUUCUCACAUUGCUUAUAAUACACCAUGCACUUCAUUUGCAGUGCUAACUUUUUAAUUUAUAGUUUCACAAGACAGAAAAACAUGUUAACUCUUCUUCUGUGAUGUUAGAGACUUCAGUCAAAUGUACUGAAGCUGACUGGUCGUUUGAGCACAUGUUGAUUCCUACACAUUACCACAGAUUUGAACUGAUUUGUAAGUGUGUUUUGAGUAUGUGAACUUGUGUUUUAGUCAGUGGGGCCAAGUUACCAGCUUUGUGUAAGUUAUAGAAUGUAUCUCUAGCAAAUAUUUGGGAGAACACACAAGCAUCUGAAAGUAACCAAGGCUUUAUAUAUUUCCUUGGUUAAAUUGCAUUCACAAUGCAAACAUUAGAAUGACCAUAGUUGUGUGUUUCUUGAUUGUGACCUUGAAAUGUUCCUCAGUUGGACCUACUGUAUAACACUCCAUUUAGUUUUGAGUGUAAAAAUGUGAUGCUAUCAAUGAGGCCAAAUCAUUUCAUAAACAUGCAAGAGUUGUUGUCAUGAUGAAAUCCAAGUAACUUCACUGACAUUAAAAACCAUGAAUUUAAUUUGACACUCUAUCUAAUAUGUAAUAAUAAUAGAUUGAGUUGUGUCAGAAGAAACCGACAAAGUAAGUUUGGGCCCAUGUUCGUUGCUAUGUUAUUCAUUUAUUUAAAACUGGCUAUAGAUUAGACAGUGUUGCUUUUUGUUGUGUGUGAAGCUUUUUAUGACCACAAAAAAUGUAUGAUCUUUGUGACAACAGCUUCUGGGUGAACAUUUCAGGUAUUCUGUAUGAACAAAAAUGAUAUGUAGCUCUAUUUGCUUUUUUUUUUUUUUUUUUAGCAUGAAAACACUGAAGAGGCGAUAUUUUGGUUAUUUUCAUUUGCAUAUAAAUGAAAGAUAAAUGGCUUGUUUUAAAUAUAUUAUCUCAGGAUUGUGCAGAUUUGCCUUUCUAGUUUUGUCUGUUUUUUUUUUUAUUGUUUUGUUUUAAUUUUACUGUAAUAUUUGUAAAGUUGGCUUUUUGAAAGCAAUGUGAAGGACCUGUAUGAAUUUUAAGGGAAC